UAUACUUGAACUGCUGAACAAAAUCUACAAAAUAAAACAACCAGCAACAAGACAGGCCUCAAAUAUAAAUAAAAUGUCGUUUAUUCGCCGAAAAUACAACAACAAUGUUUUCGCUACAUUACUGUUUCACAGUCUUCUGCUGCUUAGCUGUCAUGCGGAUCAUGCCGUCGCUCAGCGUAAAAACGACACCAAUCAGGUGUACGUGACCGAGUCAUGUCUGGAGAAGCCAUAUCGUUGCCCUCAUCCGAAAAUACAAUUCUACCUCUACACACGCCGUACCCAACAAAACCCCGAAUUCAUUGAUGUGCUGGACGACAAUGCGCUCUAUUACACACAUUUCAAUCCGCGGCAUCCCACCAAGCUCAUCAUUCAUGGUUUCGGUGGCGGACGCAAUAAUAGUCCCAGUCCGGAUUUGCGCGAAGCCUACUUUAGCAUAGGCGAUUACAAUAUUAUUAUUGUAGAUUAUGCAGACGCGGUGAAGGAGCCCUGUCUCAGUCAAAUGGAAUGGGCUCCACGCUUUGGCAGUCUGUGCAUCUCGCAACUGGUUAAAUAUUUGGCGCGUCACCCGCGUGGUGUGCAGCCAGAUGAUCUGCAUUUGAUCGGUUAUAGUGUGGGCGCGCAUAUUGCUGGACUCAUUGCCAACUAUCUAAAGCCGAACGAAGGUAAGUUGGGACGGAUCACCGCCUUGGACCCGACUAUUUUCUUUUAUGCGGGCACAAAUAAUUCGCGUGAUUUGGACUCGAGUGAUGCCAACUUUGUCGAUGUGCUGCAUACGGGCGCCGGCAUAUUGGGUCAGUGGCAUUCGAGCGGUCAUGCGGACUUCUAUGUAAACGGUGGCACGCGGCAGCCGGCUUGUGUGGGUUCACCGACGCUAUUUCAAACUCUGGCCUGUGAUCACACGAAGGUGACUCCCUACUUCAUUGAAUCGAUAACAACGACGCGUGGUUUCUAUGCUGGUCCUUGUCCGAAUCUCUUUACUUACCUGAUAGGUUGGUGUGACCCGAAGAACUCGGAAUAUGUGCUAAUGGGUGAACAUGUCUCGCAUGACGCUCGAGGAAAUUACUACGUAACCACAAAUGCCAAACCACCAUUUGCACGAGGCUUCCCGGGCAAAGGACGUUCCGCAAACAAUGGCGAGUAUCAAGGCGUGCGCAGAUAAUCCGAAAAAAUUACAAAAAACAUGCAUUUGUA